GAUAAAUCCGAGGACAAAAAAGUUCACACAAAAGGAAAAAAAGGAGCAAAAGGAAAACAAGCAGAAGCUACUAACCAAGAGGAGAAUAAAGAUGACUUGCCUGCAGAAAAUGGAGAAACUAAAAAUGAAGAGGUUCCAGUCUCUGAUUCAGCAGGAGAGAAAGAAACCAAAUCUGAAUAACAUCUUAUACCAAGUCUUUUAACAAUUGUCCCUGUUACCUCCCUUCUUGUACAAUUCAGAGGAAUAUUUUUAUCAACUAUUUUGUAAAUGCCAGUUUUUUAGUAGCUCUAGAAACACAUUUUUAAGAAGGAGGCGAUUCCACCUCAUCACAUUAAUUUUUUAAAACAUUUAGAUACGUGGAAGCCAAUCUAAAGUGGCUUUGUUUAGAAUCCUAUUUAAAGAGGUGAAAUCAUGUGCUGGUUGUCAGUUUGGUUUUUUGUUUGUUUUAAUACAACCAGAAAUUAAUAGAAUGUUGAUUAGGAAGGUGGUGUGUGUCUUGUGCGUAGGCUUAACAUUCCAUAAGCAGUUUUUACAUCAUAUUAAACGAAGCAUAGAUAGCAAUUUGGAGUUGUGACCAUGAAUUUUAAAGGUCUUAUUUUAAUUAAUCUGUAUCCAUCUUGUCUUUCGGUACAAUUGUUUCCUAAAUAAAACUGCUCCCUGGUGUUGGAUCUCCCUUUCAAAA